CUCUCUUCAUCCUCUUCUUUUGCAGAGAAACUACUGAACUUGGAAGGAGGGCUCUGCAUUGACAACAGUCAUGGCACUCUUUUCUUCCCUAACUCCAGUGUUCAUAGCCGUUAUAUGUGUUUUGAUUGGAGUAAUACUGAAGAAGACUAAUGAAGAGAAGGAAAAGCAUGAGACUAAAAGCAAGCCUCUAUCUCGCCCAUGGGUAGAUGAGGAUUUAAAAGAUGGCACUGACCACCAAUUAGAGGAAGAAGAGGUUGAUGAAGAUUGGCAAGGACUUGAUGAAAAUGUUGCCCAUGUCCCCUUCUCUGCAGAACGCUACUCUGAGGCCGAAAUGAUUAAAAGGUCACAGGCGUUUUAUGAACUUCUUAACAAGAGGCGGUCUCUCAGGUUUCUUAGUGAUGAGCCGGUCCCCAGAGAGGUUAUUGAUAAUGUCAUCAGAACAGCAGGUACUUCACCCAGUGGAGCUCACACUGAGCCCUGGACCUUUGUGGUAGUGCAAGAUUCAUAUCUAAAGCAUAAGAUUCGUGAGAUUGUAGAAGAAGAAGAAGAAAUCAACUACAGAAAAAGGAUGGGAGACAGAUGGGUUAAUGACCUGAAAAGGUUGAGAACAAACUGGAUCAAAGAGUACUUGGACACUGCUCCGUAUCUGAUCCUCAUCUUCAAGCAGGUAUAUGGGCGGCAUCCAAAUGGCAAAAAGAAGACCCACUACUACAAUGAAAUCAGUGUUUCCAUUGCCUGUGGUAUUCUGCUUGCUGCACUGCAGAAUGCAGGUCUAUACACAGUGACCUCCACACCCCUCAACUGUGGUCCCCAACUCCGGACACUACUAAAGCGCCCAGCAAAUGAGAAGCUACUCUUGCUGCUCCCUGUUGGCUAUCCCAAGAAAGACGCUACUGUGCCUGCUCUGACCAGAAAGCCACUGGAAGACAUCAUGGUGGUCAUGUGA